AUGGGUCGUGUGAAACUUGAGAUCAAGAGGAUAGAGAACAACACUAACCGGCAAGUUACCUUUUCCAAACGCAGGAAUGGACUCAUCAAGAAGGCCUAUGAGCUGUCGGUUCUCUGCGACAUCGAAAUUGCUCUCAUCAUGUUCUCGCCCUCGCCGUCGCAACGCCUCAACCACUUCUCCGGCAAGAGAAGGAUUGAAGAUGUGCUUAGUCGUUACGUAAAUCUUUCGGAUCAUGAUAGAGGAGGGAUCCUUCAGAAUAGAGAGUAUUUGCUCAGCACUCUAAAGAAAAUCAAAGAUGAAGACGAUAUGGCCCUUGAAUUUACCAGUCCAGCGGAACUCAACUCAAAUUCAGAGGAACUCCAACAAGAAAUUGGGAAUUUGCAGCAUCAACUCCAGAUGGCCGAGGAACAGCUGAGAAUGUUCGAACCAGACAUUCUAGGGUUUACAUCGAUUGAAGAACUUGAGGCCUGUGAAAAGAACCUCUUGGAAUUAAUGAAUCGGGUUGCACAGAGGAAGAAAUAUUUGUUGAGUGAUCAUUUAUCAACGUUCGACCCACCAAGCAUGCAGAUGUACUUUGAGGCGCAGGAGGGGAUGCCAUCAUCAUCAGCCUCGUACCAGAAUGACUUCGUUAGCUGGCUGCCGGGGACUGGGGUAAAUGGAGACAAUAAUCAAAACCAUAUUUUUGGUGGUGCUACUGACCAUUCCUGCAUUUCUCUAAGGACCAAUUCGCCAACUGCAAAUAUCUACGAUUCACUAAUAGCCCACGGCCAUGCAGCCGGCGGCGGCGUGAACAAUCCGGCGGAGGCGAACAGCGUGGAUGGCGGCUCCAUGGAGAACCCAGGCGAGGAUCACAGCCUCUCACAGUGGCAUGCUCAUGAUCUAUACUCAUCCCUCAUCCCAUCAACCUCAUUCUCUCACCAGCAGAAUGAUAUGACAGGGCCAAAUAUGGGAGCAAUGGAGCAACUCCAGCACACUGGGACCUGCCCAGAAGUGGUAUCUGAUGGAGAUCAAGAAGAUGGAAAUUUUGAGGCGAACAGGCCUCGGCUUAACAUGGAUCAUCAGUCAUCUUGA